GUUUACUUCCCAAUCCAGAGCUAGACUAGUGUAGCCAGCUGGCCAUAAACCAUAAUUCAGACAGUCAAAAACUAUCCCGGAAAUACAAAUGUAAGGAGCCUCACAUUGAAUCCUUCACGGAUUUCUACAGAGUCAUAGAUUAGUAACACUGUAGUGCAGGUUGAUCAUGAAUAAAGACGUCAUGUCACGUGUGGUGAAGAAGAGGCAGGCGGACCCCAAGGUAGUCCAGUAUGUGUGGGCCGCCAUCGAGGUUAUCCGCAACCAGAAACAAAUUGCCAACAUGGACAGAAUCUCAAAGUAUCUGAGCCGUGUGUUCAGCAUGCACCCCAAGGAGACGGCCAAACAGCUGAGCCUGGCGGUGAAGGACGGCCUGGUGGUGGAGACCCUGACGGUGGGCUGUAAAGGCUCGAAAGCGGGCAUUGAGCAGGAAGGCUACUGGCUACCUGGGGAUGAGAUGGAGCAGAAGGCUGAAGGAAGCAAGAUGGUGAGGGAGCAACCGGAGGAGGACUGGGAGGCGGAGAGCCACGACUGGUACUGCUUCGAGUGCCACCUUCCCGGGGACGUGCUGAUGUGCGACAACUGCUUCCGGGUCUACCACCUCAAAUGUCUGUCAGAGGAGUACAAGCCUCGCGACGGCGGCUCCCACUGGCAGUGCGUGGUCUGCAGGGUGAGCUGUGGUAGUAAAAAGAAGAACCUGAGCAAACAAGAGAUGUGCAAAUAUCUGCGCUUCAUCAUCCAGCGCAUGAAAGAGAGGGCUGUGGACCUGAACAAGAAAGGCAAAGAUACUAAACACCCCAUGUACAGACGGCUCAUCCACACAGCCCUGGAUGUGUCCAACAUCCAAGAGAACCUGGCCGAGGGCAAAUACAAGAGCUUUGACGAGUUCAAGGCGGACGCCCAGCUGAUUGUGCAUAACACGGCCAUUUUGUUUGGAGUGCACAGUGACCAGGCUGAAAUAGCACGGUUGCUCUACAGUGACACCUGCCACGAGUUGAACGAACUGCUGCUUUGCAAGACCUGUUUCUACCUGUCCAACGCACGGCCCGACAACUGGUUCUGCUACCCCUGUACCCCCAGUCACGAGGUGGUGUGGGCCAAGAUGAAGGGCUUCGGCUACUGGCCGGCCAAGAUCCUGCAGCGGGAGGACAACCAGGUGGACGUGCGCUUCUUUGGACACCAGCACCAGAGAGCGUGGAUCCCGUCAGACAACAUCCAGGACAUCAAGGUGAGCGUGCAGCAGCUGCAGGUGAAGCGCAGCACAGGCUGGAAGAAGGCCUGCGACGAGCUGGAGCUCUACCAGCGCUUCCAGAGGGAGGGCCGCUUCUGGAAGAACAAGAUGGACGACAGGAACCAGGAGGAGAGGAGAGAGCCAGAGGAGGCCGAGUCCAGCAUCUCCUCCACCAGCAACGAGCAGGUCCGACAGCUCAAAGUGAACCAGGAGCCCAAGGCAAAGAAAAGCCGUCGCAGUCAAGCCUCUGAGCCCAAAGAAGAAGUCAGUGACCCGGAGCCGGAGAUGGAGGCCGUGAGCUCCAGCCAGGAGAUCCCCACGACGGCGCCGCAGCAGCCGGAGAAGCUGUCCGUCUCCACCCAGACCCGGAAGGCCAGUGGCGGGUCGCCGCGCACGCUCCACCGCAGCACGCAGACCAGCAGCGAGGGUGCCGCGUGCCAGAACAUGUGCCACGAGAAGUACACCAAGAUCUUCAACGACGUCAAGGAGAUGAUGAAGGCCGACAACAAGCGGGAGACGGAGCGCGUGGUCCGCGAAGCCCUGGAAAAGCUGCGCUCUGAGAUGGAGGAGGAGAAGCGUCAGGCAGUGAGCAAAGCUGUGUCAGGCACCCAGGCGGAGAUGGAGAGGAAGUGUAAGCAGGUGAAGGACAAGUGCAAGGAGGAGCUGGUGGAGGAGGUGAAGAAGAUGGUGGCCCAGCAUAAGCAGCUUAUCUCCCAGACCAAGAAGAAGCAGUGGUGUUAUAACUGCGAGGAAGAGGCCAUGUACCACUGCUGCUGGAACACCUCCUACUGCUCUAUCAAGUGCCAGCAGGAGCACUGGCAUGCUGACCACAAACGCACCUGCCGCAGGAAGAGAUGAACAACCGCAGCCAUCCGUUAGGUACCCCUGCCCUCCACACCCAGCCCCCUGUCACACACACGUCGGCCCCUCCCCUUUUCUUCCUGACCUGCCUUCCUGAACACUUUGUGGACCCAACAUUUUGCCCUACGUCUGAGGGAGAAAAAAAAUGCUCUCUUUUUCAUUUUAUGUCAUUGCUAUUAUUUAAUAUACUCAGUGCAUUGAUUAUUUUCUUCCUUUUCUCCUGAAUCAUCAGCAGAUCGUUCAAAGAGCAUGGCUCAAAUGCAUAGUAUGGUAUGAUUUUGUGUUUCUUUACUUUACAGAAGUGCAAAUUUUUGACUUAUGUUGGAGAAUGUUAUUUAAGUGUGUAGUAACUGAGCAUUAACUGAAUACAUUUUAUUACCUGAAUUUUUUAAUCACUUUUCUUACUGUAAAUGUUUAACAAGAAAUAUACACCGUCGAUCUUAAACUAUAAGUACUAUUGCAGCAUUGAAAUAGCUAUGCUUUCAUACAGAAAAACAAUAGAAAAUGCUGAAAAACAUGACAAAAAAGUCAGCUUGAAAAUAGAAAAAAAAAAAAAGGAAGAAAAAGUAGUUCCUGGACAUUUAGUGUAAUGUUAUUCAUGAAAAUAUUUUGGUGAAUAGCACCUUUGUAUUGUUUUCACAAAAUCGAUCGUCCUCAAGUCACUUAAACAUUAUUGGGAACAGGGUUAUAAAGUCGGCAAAGAAGCUGACAGCAAUCUUCAGUUUAUUAUUAUGCACAUUUUGGGUUAACUUUGAAUAUACUGUAAUUUUUGUAAUUCAAAGAAAAUUUGCGAUUUUAUCAAAAUUUUCCAGGGAAUAUAUAGCAAUCUUUACUGAGCUGGAUCUUGGAGAGGUUUCUUCGUAAUUUGACAGUUUGCACAUUUCAUUUCUUUGUCAUAACCCAAAUGCUUGUAAUUUGCCAAAAAGGAAACCAGAUUUGCUGAACCAAUCUUUACCAGAGAAAUGUGUCCAGUGCUGUUCUCUCCCCUUGUUUUGUUUUGGUUGGCGUCAGUGUCAUUGUUAUUGUGAUGUACACUCUAAGUACGGUUUUAGAAUACUCAAAGUGACUAGCUAUGAGACUCAUUCACUGCUUAUGCUGUAGUUGGUGAUCAGUGCCUGUUUUUUCAACACCAUCAUCAUAUUCAGAGUAAAGAGAUGUGCAUGUUGAUAGUUUCAAAAUUUGCAUCAAUAGAAGAAAAUAAAAAAAAGCUUGCAGGGUAUCUGGUGUCCAAUAGACAAUGAGUACGGAUGGACCAAUAUAAAAUAUAUGCAAAUAUGAUUGACCUGGCAAUUUUAUUUUGGAUUUCUUUCCACAAUGAGUUGUGUCAUCAGGUGCUUGAAUUAGAUUUUCAAAACGGGCAAUUAAAUUGCAUUUGAAAAAAUAUAUAUAUACUACCCAGAAGCUACUCCGUAAGUGUAAGCUAUUGUAAGUCCUUGUGACUGUUUCCUUUGUUAUGAAGAGUUGACUGAAUAGAGGAAAAGUUCUCCCCAUCAUUCAUUCAUUCAUUGACUGUCCAGUUUUUGAUCCAAGUUUACCAUUAUAUGGAACGUGGCUGUUGUUAUCUCAAACAAGUGCAUCACUUUUCAGACUUAGCACAGCUUUUCGAGUUGCAUGAUAUACAACCUUUUCCAAAAAAACUUUUAAAAAACUAUUUUCUUUUUGUAGCCUCUAUUUCAUCUAAAUAUUUCUCACUUGAUUGCAUUUUAAGGCAACUGUUUGUUUUAAACCAACAUGAUAUUUUGACAGUAAUGAACUUCAAUUGCCUUGUGUGUAUCAGUUUAGUGUUAAAUAGGCUUUGACUGGCCGUUGUAUUAAAACAUUCUCCUGCAGAAACCAUGGCAACUCAAGUAUGUUGUCUGCUCUGUUGGAGUGACACACACUUGUUAAACCAACUCAUAAUGGUUGCACUACAUGUAAAUACAUCUGUGUGUUAUCCAUCUUCUAGAAUUUCACCUAUGGUGACAGAACUUGGAAUGGAAUCUGUAUUACUGAGGUUUGCAACUCAUACAAAUGUACCCUCUAAAAUAACAGAUGACUUAAAUUGGAUUUUCCACCAUAGUUAAGCUAUCAAUAUAUUCAAUCAUCUAAGCUAACUGUCAAGAUCUCUGCUCUAGCAGUUUGAUUCACUGAUUGAUUAUCUUAGUCUUCAUUGUUACUUUUUAUUUUGAAUUUGGAUAGUAGUGUUACAUGGCUGUUGAAUCAGAAAUGAAACUUCUUUGGUUCACUUCUACAGUGUGUAUUUUAUAUUUGUCCAUCCAUGUGUAAUGAUCAUUUGUGACAUUUUACAUAUGUGGAAAUAUUUUGAUGUCAUUCCAGUUUGUAAAGUAGCUCUGGUAAAUGCAUGAGUAAGGUGUGUGUAUUACAGUUCUUUUUCCAUGUUAAAAGACAUAGUUGCACUUCCUCAAAAUGAUGCAAUAUGACAAUGAUAUUUUGUUCUAUUUCCUUUCAAAAUUACAGUCUAGCUAAUUUUACCCUCCACUAACUAUUGACUACUUUCUGAUGAAAAAAGUGUAUUGUCACACCCAUUGUCUCGGAAAUCAAUGAGAUUGUCCCCAACUUAGCAAAUUUUGUUUGCUGUCCAUAUGUAAACUUUAAACGUGGCUUAACAUUUUUAUGCUCCUGUCAUUCUGUUUUUGCUUUAGCUAGCAAUAUGUAUAUAAAUAUAUUCUAUGUGCUAACAUGGAGAAAUAAAUGUAUCAACAAGU